GGCAACCACAGACAGCGGGACACGGCAACCGUUUUGCAAAUGCUGUGCGUGAGAAAAACGGAACGGGGACCUGCAGCUAAAAUAGAAAGCGAUUGGCGGCGCGGGAUGAAGCGAGAUGAGAUUAGCUUCAAUCUCACCCCCUUCCCCUCCUGCGCUACCCCCCUAGGACCCAGUGUGUUUCUUGUUUCGCCUUUCACCAGCCGUGCCAUUAUCCUGGAACGAUGAACAAACCGGCCACUCUGGCCUCUUGCAUUGCUAAAAUGUAUGAGGUGGGGCGAGUGGACAACAGUGGAACUAUGGCACCAAGCCCUGUGGUCAAGAAGCCAGCUGGAAGCUUGCUCAGCACUCUGAAUGGUGUAGAAGUCAAGCUGAGUGCCCUGGAGACCAGGGUGGAGCAGAUUGCAGGGGGCCAGGCAAAGGUGAUUUCGAGGCUGGACUCAGUGUGCAGGAGUGUGGCAUACCUGGAACGUCACAUGGCCCGACUGGGACAAGGGACAGAUGCCCCAGUAGGGGGUGAGAUGGAGAUGCUGGAAGAAGUCAGAACCCUAUGUGUGGACAUGGUGGCUCUGCUCCAGCACCUCCAGCAGGAAGACCGCUGGCAUCGGGAGAAGAUGGAGGCUGUUGACAAGGCACUGAUGUUUGUAGUUGACAUCUUUCGGAGCUCACGGAUCGCAGAGUUCACCCUGCAGAGCUCCGAUCCUGGGUCAGGGGGCAGCCUGCUGCCCAACAAGGACAAGCAGAAAAAGGACAAAUCUGAUGACAAGCCGGUGAAACCAAGAGUGGCCUUCCAAGAUCAGGAGACCCAGGUAGACGCCGAUGAUGGCAGAGCUUCUGCGGGUAUCUCUCAGGCAUCAGCCCCCAGACCAGCAGCGAGGGGCAAAGUUUGCCCACCAGAUCCCCCCGCUCCUGAAAAACACACACUCCCAGAGAUCCAGGCCUCCCGUCCCACUAUACCUGGCCAGCAGGGUGGUGAUGCAUGGGCCAGGGCUCCACGUAGGCCCAAGGGGGUGACCCUUAAGAGCAGAGAACCCACGCGAAAACAGACCUUUGCCAAGGGCAGCCAGGAUGGAGGGGACAAGGGCCAGGGGUUGGAGGAGGAGGCCAAGCCAAAGGAGGUGUCUCCAAGUGUAUGCAAUUGUGGUGAGCAGGUUCAGGAGCUGACAGGUCACGGUUCGAGACCUCCAGGGUUGCCGUUGAUCUCUGACUCUCAGAGUCCACCCUUGGGCCCCAGGCAGGAGCAACACGAAGCCUGGCAAACUGUAGUUCCCUGUUCUACACACCCAGACACAGGGGCCACCUUGAACUCGAAAGAGUCCUUUACCGUGGUAACACCUCCACCCAGUGGGGACGGUGCCAGAGCUUCCGGCAGGCUUGAGCCGAACCAGAAGGUUGAGCCCAUCCAAAGUUCAGCUGGAGCUGAGCUGGGUCUGCUGGGGCCCACUGUUGCAGGGCCAGCCAAAACAGAUGCUCCAGAGGAGAAGCCCGAGGCACUCAGAGGCAGAGCCCCUGUCUUCAGCCAGCAAAGCCUGGCAUCAGAGCCCAUUGAAACACCCCCAGAGCUGCUGGUCAUCGAUGACUGCCCCCCUAAGCCUGCCCCCUUCGAUCAUCGCAUCGUCAGCGCCAAGCAAGUUCUCAUAGGCUCCUAUUACAUUGUCAGGACGAACGAAGUGCUGGGAGGGGGCCGCUUCGGUCAGGUCCACAGGUGCACCGAGCUCUCAUCGGGACUGACUCUAGCCGCCAAGAUAAUAAAAGUGAAGGGCAUGAAGGACAGGGACGAAGUGAAGAAUGAGAUCGGCGUGAUGAACCAGCUGAACCAUGUCAACCUGAUCCAGUUGUAUGACGCCUUUGAGACCCGAACCAACCUGACCCUCAUCAUGGAGUACGUGGAGGGUGGUGAGCUCUUCGACCGCAUCGUGGAUGAGAACUACCAGCUGACGGAGCUGGAUGCCAUUGUGUUCACGCGGCAGAUCUGCGAGGGAGUGCAGUACCUGCACCAGCAGUACAUCCUUCACCUGGAUCUCAAGCCAGAGAACAUCUUGUGCGUGAGCACCACAGGAAAUCAGAUCAAGAUCAUUGAUUUUGGACUGGCCAGAAAGUACAGGCCGCGGGAGAAGCUGAAGGUGAACUUUGGCACGCCCGAGUUCCUGGCCCCCGAAGUGGUCAAUUACGACUUUGUGUCCUUUCCCACGGACAUGUGGAGCGUGGGAGUCAUAACGUACAUGCUUCUCAGCGGCCUGUCUCCCUUCCUUGGGGACAGCGACACAGAGACCAUGAACAACAUCCUGCAGUCGAACUGGGACUUUGACGCGGAGGCCUUUGAGAACGUCUCGCAGGAGGCCAAGGACUUUGUCUCCAGACUGCUGAUUCCGGAGAAGUGCAGCCGUCUGAGUGCCUCUGGCUGCGUUAAGCACAGCUGGCUGAACAACCUGGAGGAGAAAGCCAAGAAGCACCGGGUUCGACUCAAGUCGCAGCUGCGCCUGCAGCGCUACCUGGCCGCUCAUCGACAGUGGAAGAAACACUUCCAUGUGGUCGCUGCCACCAACCGGCUCCGGAGGUUGUGCAGCGCUCCAUCCACUGAGCCGGCAUAGCGAGAGGGAGGAGGAGGAGCCGCCGCACCCCAUCCAGGCCCCCGAGUCUCCAGAAGAGACACCAACUCGCACUGGGUUUACACACACUCCACCAACUCUGAUGUUAAAAAACAAAAAAAUAAAAGUUACAGCAGUUAUGCAUAAAUCACUUCUGACCUGCACAGUGUAGAAGAGCACAUUUUUGCUUAUCGUAUGCAAGUUUUUUUUUCUGUGUAAUGACAUUCAUUGUAUACUUUUUUAAAUUCAUUUAAAAUGUUCUUUUUGCUAAAACUUUAAACAUACACCCAUAUAUUUAAGAAUGUGUGCAUGUAUGGGAUGUCAGGAAGUCUGUGUGCCUGAUUAAACGAUGGACCCUCAACUUACAAACACAAAUGGCGCUCAAAGUCUUUUCAUAACUUUGUAAAACCAUUGUGUCCCAAUCAAUAAAGAGUUAAUAAUACGAUUACCCCCAUUUUAUUCACGGGCUUGCUCCUGUAAAGAAGCAGGAAAAAAAAUCUCAGCUAAAGCUGUAAUGAAUCAAA